CGAAUUUCAGUUCUUCUCCCCCCAAGUCCCAAAACCCUCCCUUCUUUUCCGGAGUCCGUUUCAAACUCCUACCAAAAGAAAAUCAGAACUUUCCUUUUCUCCUCCGCAGACGUUUCUUCUUCCUUUGAUUUCAAUCUCCUCCUCGCUCCUCUCUCUCUCAGCAACUCCAGAGUAGUAACAAUGGCUACCACAUCAAGAUGGAUUCGGCCCGAGGUUUUCCCUCUGUUUGCUACCAUUGGCGUGGCGGUAGGGAUCUGCGGGAUGCAGCUUGUCAGGAACAUAACCGGAAAUCCUGAAGUCAGGGUGACGAAGGAGAACAGGGCGGCUGGGAUUCUCGACAACCACGAAGAAGGCGAGAAGUACAAAGAACAUGCGUUGAGGAAGUUCGUUCGCACUAAGCGCCCAGAAGUCAUGCCGGGCAUCAAUGGCUUCUUCUCUGAUCCUCGCUGAGAACCUCCCCAAACCAGUUAGGGUUUCUUUCUUUUUUUCAUUGCACAUUGAUGAUUCGGUAGUGGUUGGAUGAAUAAGGCAUUGUUCCGAUUGUUUUGCAGCUUUGAUUGAUGCUGCAAUGUAACUGUUACAGAAUUGAUUGGCGGGAGAUUUGACCCUCUGAAAUUAGAUUACAUUUUUACAUGCUCUUCUGAAUCUGCUUACGACUUUGCAAUAGUCUCUAGCUUAGCUAACAAGGAGCAGAGUUUGUUCUCCUAUGCUGGGGUUAUGCUCGAACAUUGGCUUUGUGUUGUAUCGAUACGAUUAAAUCAACGGGAUCUGUUGCAUGUUUAGUGUUCUCCUAGCUGGGUUCUCCUGCAUGCUGUUCUACAAUCUUUAUGCAGGCAUUACUCUUUCGAUUUAGGGUCUGCCCUGCGAAUCGUUACACAACUGUACUUUACGACGACAUUGUCUUAGAAACUCAACGACUGGAUUGGAAAAAGAUGAGCACUCUGCCUUUGAGCAGAGCUGUAAUGGUUGUACAGAAGCAGAAUGAGAGCUUUCGUGUUUAAUGGCUUUACUUGCUUGAAUGACAUUCUUCACUGCUGCUUUGUUGUGU